UUUCUUACUACAGAACAGUGAUUGGGAAGACACUUCACCCAUAAAAUGGAUCUUGCAUUUCAAUUUCAAUUUCUUUGCCAUCCAGAGAUACAGGAAGCUUAGAGGAAAGCUUAUUGUGGCCUUGCUCCAUAUCAGUCAAGGCAUUUAAAUGCCUGAACAUUUAAAGCUCUUCCAUGCCCUUAUCACUUUGUGUCUGAGCACUUUGUAUCGUACGCAAGGUGCAUGACAUUAUUACAAGAACAAAUGUUACUUUACAAGAAAAAAUGUGAACAGUCUGUGCUGAGAGAGCCUUUGCUGAAUGGAGAGCCAAGAGUAGAAAGGACUAGCUUUGAACAAGAAUGUUUGUCACAAGAAUUUUUGGCACUGCCCAUGUGAAGCCGAUACCUUGCAGUCCCUCUCUGCACUUUGAGCUUGAUACUCUGAAGUUUGAGGUUUCAGCCUACAGAGAGAUUCUGUGUAUGUUUCUGGUAGGACUUAUUGCUACCUGAUGUUCUGCGUUUGCUACAUAAAUAAGCUUUUUGUGUCAUUUAGAAGACAAAAUGCUGAUGGAGUAAGACAAGUCUUCUAGCAUGAGCUUUACUGAGGUCUUAAUGCGUUCCGCCUGCGGCCGGAAAAGCUCCCCCCAGGAGGGACAGGGCUGCUCUCCCGGGCUUGGCAGGGAGAUGCCUGCUCUGCUGGGCACUUCUUGCUCAGAUUAGCAUAGCCCAGCCUAUAUCACACACACACACCCAGUAAUACCUCAUUUUGCCACUGGAAUGAGGCCAAAAGCACAGGCAUUGCAGGGAUAUAAAGCGGGAAGUUACUGGAAAGAAUCACAAACUAACGUGAGACUAGACCAAAUUUUUGCAAACAGCAGAAAAUGUGAUCUUUGUUGUAGAUGGCUCUUGCAUUUAAUGUAGCUGUUUAUAUGAUUGAAGCACUUAAUAAGUGUUUUUAUUGAGUAUAGUUACAGAACAGCUGCAGAAAUCUUAAGUGCUUCUGUUCAUUUUUUUUCUUUGUAGUUUGGAACUGAAAAAAUCUCAGAAGAAAACUGGAGACUGACAGAGAUCAGGGUGAUUCCUCAGCUGUGCACUCCCCUGACAGAAGCACUGUUUUUGUGGGGUAGGAAUGAUGACAGGGGCAAAAAGGAAGAGAAGUACAGUCUGGAGGAAGAUCCAGGCUGUUCGCUUUGAAGAUAUCAAAGCCUGGUGUCUGGGAAGGCUGCCUAUCUUGAAAUGGGUGCCUGUCUACAACUGGAAGGAAAAUUUGGUUCCUGAUACUGUUUCUGGGAUGAUGCUAGCCAUCCAACAGGUGACUCAAGGGCUGGCCUUUGCUUUUCUGUCUUCAGUCCAUCCAGUUUUUGGUUUAUAUGGAUCUUUUUUCCCUGUCAUUAUUUAUGCCAUAUUUGGAAUGGGACGUCACGUUGCAACAGGAACUUUUGCUUUAACUUCCUUAAUAUCUGCCAAUGCAGUUGAGCGCCUUGUUCCUUCAGUCACAACUAAUUUCACUGCAAACAAUAAUUCAGGAAUUUUGGGUUUGUCAGAAUUUGAAAUGCAGAGGAUUGGAGUUGCAGCAGCAGUUUCAUUUCUAGGAGGAAUCAUUCAGGUAGCGAUGUUUGUGCUGCAGUUGGGCAGUGCCACUUUCUUGUUAACAGAACCCGUCAUAAGUGCCAUGACAACUGGAGCAGCUACACAUGUCGUGACUUCACAAGUGAAGUAUCUGCUGGGAAUGAAAAUGCCAUAUAUAUCAGGACCACUGGCAUUUUUUCAUAUUUAUGCCUAUGUGUUUGAGAAUAUCAGAUCAGUUCAGUUGGAGGCAUUACUUCUCUCCUUGCUGAGCAUUGUGGUACUGGUUCUUGUUAAGGAGCUGAAUGAAAAAUUUCACAGAAAGAUUAAAGUUGUCGUUCCCAUCGAUCUACUUUUGAUAAUUGCUACAUCCCUUGCUUGCUACUAUGCUGAUAUGGAAUACGUCUACAGGAUAGAAGUUGUGGGAAAUAUUCCUAAAGGGUUGCCAUCACCAAAAGCACCACCCAUGAGUGUCCUGCCUGAAGUAGUCACUGAAGCUUUUGGAGUGGCACUGGUUGGUUAUGUAGCCUCACUAGCUCUUGCUCAAGCCUCUGCUAAAAAGUUUAAAUACACUGUGGAUGACAACCAGGAAUUUUUGGCUCAUGGCCUCAGCAACGUGAUUCCUUCAUUUUUCUUUUGCAUACCAAGUGCCGCAGCGAUGGGACGGACAGCGCUUUUAUACAGCACGGGUGCCAAAACACAGGUGGCUUGCCUUAUCUCUUGUGUAGUAAUUCUUGUAGUGAUCUACACAAUUGGACCUCUGCUGUAUUGGCUUCCUAUGUGUGUGUUAGCAAGCAUUAUUGUUGUGGGCUUGAAGGGUAUGCUAAUGCAGUUCCGUGACUUAAAAAAAUACUGGAAUGUGGAUAAAAUAGACUGGAGCAUCUGGGUUAGUACCUAUGUGUUUACAAUAUGCUUUGCUGCUAAUGUGGGACUGUUGUAUGGCGUUGUCUGCACUAUAGCAAUUGUGAUUUUCCGCUUUCCCAGAGCAAAGACACUGAAUUUGAAAAAUAUGAAAGAAGUGGAAUAUAAAUAUAAAGCAGAAGAUAAUUGUGAAUCACUAAAACAGGUAAAAAUAGUUUCAGUCAACAGCCCAUUAGUCUUUUUGAAUGCCAGAAAAUUUCACGCUGACCUGUUAAAGAUAAUCCAGAAGGAUGGCAUGAACAGCCAGUGUGAGCAGAACACAUUGCUCUGUUCAUUUUCCAAUGGAAGUUGUCAUGGUGAGUUGGUGCAGCCAUGUCACAGUGAGCGACAUAUUUUGAUAUUAGACUGCAGUGGACUGAAUUUCUUUGACUACACUGGAGUCUCUGUGCUUCUUCAGAUUUACAUGGACUGUAAAAACAGAUACAUCGAUGUGUUGCUAGCACACUGCAAAGGUUCCUUGAUAAAAGCAAUGCAGUAUGGUGGAAAUCUUGACUCUGAAAAUCCUGUAUUUUUUGAAUCUAUUUCUUCAGCAAUUGAUGCCAUUCAGAUUCACAGGAAUUACAGCAAGUUCAGUGAACAGAGUGAAGUGUGAUGCCCAGCCAUUGAGCAUAGCGAGUUUCAUCUGCUCAUACUAAAAAUUAACUACAUCAUGGCUUCUCCUUCACUUUUUUCUCCAGUGGAUCUCAUAGAUGAUCUUUUGUAUGCCAUAUAUACUUAGUACAUUCAGUAACAACAGAGCUGCCUUUCAGAGAGAAAAAUCUUUCAGCUGCGAUCACUCAGAGAAUUUUAAUGCAAUUAUUCUAUAGUGGUUUUAUAAAAUAUUUUUAUAUACAUUUAGAUACAAAUUAUUAGAAAGCAGACAUGAGGUAAGGUACUGUGUUUACCAAUUAAGUGUAUUCUUUUAGAUAUCUUCUAUUGUAACAUUAGUUGUAACAUGCAUCUGUAGUUUUGUGUAUGGAAUAGAGACAUGAAUUCUUAAAAGAGUAUGUUAUAAUUGAUACAGGAUCUGCAGGAAGGUAUAUACCAAUGCAUACUUUUUUAUUAUGGCUUUACUUACUCUUUCCUCUGUUCAAGACAGCCAUAUGCAAUAACAGCAUCAUAUCACAGCUAUCAUAUGGUUCCCCUUUUUGUACUUGGUUUUGUAUGCUUUUUAAUGUCUUCCCAGAUUAGUAGGAGAACUUGCAAGUAUAUGCAGAAAAGGCAGACACAUGUUGACUAAGAACACUGUAUUGUCUCCCUCUAUAUUUGUUGUCUUGUGCUAUUAUGGUUUGCUACAUUUUCAAAGCCACAGGUAUUUUUUAGCCCAGUCUGAAGAGGAAAAACUGGGUUUUUUUUCCAAAACUUAUUCUUUUUUCCAGCACAUUUUUUCCAGUCUACAUUUCCAAUUUGAUCUCUGAUUUUGUUUUUUUGUGUUGAAAUCUUCAGCUGAGGCAGCCGAAAGGUGACAGUAGUGACACAUAAGGUGUGUGCCACACUUCAUCCACACUCCUGAUGUGCAGUAUACUCUGUGUGAGCACACAAAGUAGGUGGAGGAUCUCACAGGUUGAGUAUUUGGUUUAUAUUUAUGGGUUGUCAGCAAUUGUAUUAGAUUAUACUAUCACAUAUCUAUCAGGUUAUUUGGCAAUAUAUUAAGGCCUGAAGGGAGCCUAUAAGAAACAUAGAGAGAGACUAUUUGCAAAAGCAUGUCGUAAUAGGACAAGAGGGAAUGGCUUCAAACUGGAAUAGUAGGUUUAGACUAAAUAUUAGAAGGAAAAUUAUUUACUGUGACAAUGGUGAGGCACUAGAACAUGUUGCCCAGAGAAGUUAUGGAUGCCCUGACUCUAGAAGUAUUCAAGGUGAGGCUGGAGGGAACUUUCAGCAACCUGUUCUAGGGGAAGGUGUCCCUGGACAUGGCAGGGUGUUGGAAUCAGAUGAUCUUUAAAGGCCCUUCAAGCCUAGGCCAUCCUAUGAUUUUUCUCCUCUUGCCUUUGUCCCCUUAGGUGAACACCAUCAGUAAAAUGUGAGUUGAGCAAAAAGGAAUCAACAAAUGAGAAAGAUAAGGAAAUAGGGGGUUUUGGUUUUUUUUUUUUCAUCAGCUUAAAAAAUCUAUGGAAGAUAAAGGCUAAUGAAUAUGGCACAGCUAUAAUGGUCAUCUUACACUACAGAGAGAAGGGAAGUACAAGGAGGCUUUGUGCAGCUGACACAUAUAGGCAGAAUUUAGUUCUAAGCAUUCUGUUUUCAGCAGCAGUUACAUCUGUAUGCUUGUCUGGACCCUCCUUACUCUGUCUGCCCAAAGCUGCUGCCAGCAGGAGAUGAGAUGGCUCAUGAAGUCACUUUUGCAUCUCUGCAUAGUUAAGACAUUGAUAAGUUUUUCUUAAGUCUUGGUCACUCUGCACUAGUAGGUGAUAGUCGGAGAGAUCCAUGGGUUUUUUGCCCUUUCAAUUAUGAGUGACUCUUGAGUUAUUUCCUGCUUUGUCCCACAGAGGACCAGAAAUGUUCUGUACAAGUUCUUCUGAGACUGCUUUGGUAAUUACUAUGCAAAAGGCUGAUAAAUAACUGUGAGAAACUCAUUAUAUGCAGAAGAAAUAAAUUCUGUAUAUUGUCCCAAGCACAUUAAUUUCAGAUGCUGUAGUUGAUUGCAAAUGGCUCUUUACAUCACUGGACUCAGUAACAGGCUAUAACAUUUGAUUAAUAAUUUCCUGAAACAGUUCUAGUAAUUUAUUAACACUUUAGAAACUAUUUACAAUGUACUUUAAUUGUAGAAACAUCAAUUUUAUGUCACAGCUGAAUGGAGAUUUCUACUUAACUGCAAACUGAAUAAAUGAAUAAAUUGUAUCUUUUCUACUAGGUUCAGCAUUUGUUCUUUGACAGCUAAAUGUUUUUUCUUAAAAUUUAUAGAUUAAUUGAUUAAUGAAAUUGUUAAAAAUAGAGUCUUUAGCAAAGAUAACAUCAUUGACUUUUCAUGAGACUUUCGCUUUUAUUCUGAAUGAUCUUGUAAAUGGAACAACACAGAUACUUUUAAAAUUCCUUGUAGUAUUAGCCUUUUAAGAAACCUUCUGCAUUAAAUAAUACAUUAUGUAGCACUUAUCAAAACAGCUUCUAGUUUUUACUGCUUUCAAUAGGAAAAAAUUUUUGUUCAGUUAAAUGGCUAGUUUAGGGAAGAACAUGUAUCUCCCAUUAGCUCGAACCUUCCAACACCGGGCUUUGGAGUAAUAUUUCUGUAAACUAUUUUGCUAUAUAUAAUUAGUCUAAAUAGCUUUCCAUUUCUGAGAUUAUGCAUUGUUAAUUAUAUUCCAUGUCUGGAAAGUGGCAUCAGCAGAACAGUGUUUAAGGGACAUGUGAAGAUAACUGCACUUUCAAUUUCUUCUAAAAUACCUGUACUGAGUUUAAGCUCUUUGAAACCAGAACUGCUCUACAGAACUAUGGGCAGUGAGGGAGGGAUUGUGAUUUCUUUUCUUUUUCUUGGAAGAGCAAAUUGCAAAUUACAAAUUACUGAUGCAGUUUCCAUUUCUCCACCACCCACCCUUCUGAGCUACUGAUGUUUACUAAAAUGUGUGACUGCCUGGGAGGCUGUUGCCAUCAAACCUUGUGGACUGCCAGGUCCUGGGUAGUCAGCUGGUGGGAUGGGAGUUGCUUCAUGUGCUCCCUGAGUUGCUCUCUGUAAAUCCCUAGUGAUUAUGUGUUUGUGCCACUCACAGAGUCAAAUGAGAAACAACUGCUUCAUUCUUUGGUGAAGAUUUAAGGAAACACCCUCAGCCUUCUGGAUAAAGUAUUGGAGGCAAUCCCCACUAUCAAUUUCGAUAUUUCCCUCAGUGUUUUUUAUAUAUAGUGUCUGGCCUUCCUCUGGCUCUCAGAAUAAUUACGUAAAAUAUGGAAGCCCAACCCAAAACAUCACAAUUAGCUUCACUGGAAUAGAAUUAGAGUAACAUUUGAAAGAAACCAACAGUGAUCAUCUAGUCCAACUGAUGUUAUUAUAAAAGAAUAUCAUAUUUAGAAUAAGCCAUACUUAUUCUUCUGAUCCAGAAGGGCAAAGGGAGCCAAACUCAUCUUGUAGCAAAGAGCCUGCACAAAGUCUGUAUGUCCUUAUGGCUGUGCAGGCCUGGCCACUAUCCCAGUGGAGGUGAAUUACAGGCAGGAACCAUAAGGGGUUUAGUUAUCAGUGCUCUGCUGCUACAGCUUUGUUUACUUGAACAUCCCUAGGGACUCUCCAGAAUAAUGCAAGUUUCAUUAAGUGUGGUUACAUCUGUGAGCUUAUGCAGUGUUAGCAAUAAGAGCAAACUGUGGAGUUCCCUCUGUCCUCAGUGAUUUCUAAAGGUGCCAGCAGAGCCUUGAGAAGUCUCUCAUUAACAACCAGGUUUCAAGUAAUGAAACUAAUGAGUUUAUUACUCUUAGUAAGCAAUUCUGAAAAGCUAACCAUUCACUUUGAUACCUAUACGUUUGCUUCCUGUAUACUUAGAUGCUCAGAUUUUAUACUGCAAAAUUCAGUAUGUAAGAGUCACCAAGCUUUUGCAAAUCAGUGCUUCAAUUUUGCACAUUUAGUAUAUUCUGCACCUCACAGGAGAACUUUAAUAAAAGAUUGUUUUUUGCAGAGAUGGUCCAAAGUUAUCAGAGUUUAUAUAUCUACUUGACAUGUUCAGGAAUUUUUAGUUAUUUUAAGGAACUUAUUCUAUAUUUUAAAUAGUAACUCAUGUGAGUAAAGAGUGUUUCUCAACAUUUAAGAUUUGCUAACCAGAGUAUAUUAAAAUGAUGAUCUGAUCAUAUGCUUCUUAUAGAAUUUGUUUCACACAUUCCAAAACAAAGCAAUCAAUGAGGAAAAAAAGAGAGAGCAAACUGAUGUUAAAGAAUGAGUAUAAUGGCAAUUAAAAAUUAGGCAUAAAAUAUGUAAUAAGGAAAAGACUGUUAACAUUAUAUUUAUGCAAAUUAAAUGUUUCUAAUUCUUGUCAUAUGUCUUUCAUUUUAAAGGUUAUUUGCCCUGGUUCUAUGAUUCAAGUGUCACAAGGUCUGGCUGUAGCUGCUUUGACAUAAUUUAUUUGACAGCUCUGUGUGUCAUAAAUAUAUAAUGUAACAAGGAAAGGUAUCUUCACUGUUGAAUGAAAACAUUAAUGUGUCAAUACUGUGUAUGAAUACUGUUUGACAUUUACUAGUUUCAAAAAUAAAAUACACAGUAUGCCUUGAAAAUAUGGUAUUCCUAUUUUUGGAAGAUACUUUCUUUGUCUACAGGAACUCAUAAAUAAAUGAAGGAGCACAGUUCCAGAGUGAAUGCUAAAUGGUGCCUUCAUCAUUAAGAUAGAUUUUACUAAAGAUCACAUAAUCUGUAUGGUUCCGUAUGUUUUAUAAUGAUUUGAAAUAUUUUUUCUUUUUCUGUUUCUGUGUAUUAGCAUAUGCAAUAAUAAAUUUAUACUGAAAUAAAUUGAAAUAUGAGACAAUUUGCAUGUAGAAGGAUGAAAAUGCCCUCAUUAUUUUAAUUCUUUUUUUUUACAUUCUGUACUAGCCACUUCGUUAAGAGAUAUGCUGCCUUCUCCAACCUCAAAAUGUAUUAAAUCUUAACAAUGAAAAAAGAGAA